AUGUCCCCAAACCAAUACAAAUUCAAUGUCCAGAUGGGCUGCGGUGGUUGCUCCAGCGCCCUCGAGGAUGCUCUGAAGAGUGUCAACGGAAUCGAGUCUUUCGACGUCAGUCUAGAGCACAAGACCGUCUUAGUCAACGCGGAAUCUUCUCUGUCGUAUGAAGCCGUCCUCGCCGUCCUUAAGGCGACGGGCAAGGCCGUUCACAGUGGCGAAGCCAAUGGUCAGGCCCGCGAGGUUUAG